UCUUCGUCUCCCGUGGCUGGGAACAAACAGACUGAAGGGGCGGAGCUUUAAAACAAAAACACUAAAGAUUCCAGCGCCAACAUGGCCGCCAUAUUAGCUGUUACCCUCUAAAGUCAAGCAUGUCCUGAGCCAACAUGGCCGACCAUGUUGCUCAGUUGCAGGGUGAAAGUGGGCGGGACCUAUGGGAGGCUGGGGGGGUCACAUGAUCCACACAGAGCCAAGCUGAGCAAAUCCAAUAUGGUGGCCAGCUUGGCAGGUCUACGGUUCCUGUUGAUGGUGUUGCUGCUCUGCGGGAUCAGGUUCGGCGCCUGCAGCGAAGAAGCUCCAACGGUCGUAGGGCUGCGACUGGAAGACCCCACCGGCUCGGUGUGGAUGAAGGGUCGGACCAUCUAUGCGCCGCAAGGAGCCACGUUCAAGCUUCGUCUGUUUGGGGCUAAUCUGAAUGGAAGCUGGCCGAGGGUCGGCUUCGCUUUGGGGGCCGGGGCAGCCGCGGGGGCGCUGGGUGAUGCCCCCGACCCGUGCGAAGACGAGUCCCGCCGCAAGAAAUCCGCCUUUAAGGUAGCGGAGUACCUGGAGCAGGAUGAGCAGCACAGCAGGCUGCUGAGGGUGGAGGUGGAGGGUGGAAGCAUCCCCGAGGGUUUGCAUCACCUGUGUCUGCAGAGCCACGGCGGCUGGGAGUCCGUGGGCUCCGACAGACUGGAGGUCAGCCCGGGGUUCCCGGCGGACAUCCCGCCGUGGGCUCUGGCUCUGCUUGUGGUGCUGAUGCUGGUGGUGUGCGGGCUGCUGAGGACCGUGAACCUCAGCCUGCUGUGGCUGGACCCCGCAGAGCUCUAUGUCCUCCACAGCUGCGGAUCCGAGGAGGAGAAACGAGCCGCUAAGCGCCUGGAGCCGAUCAGGAGGAGAGGGAACUUCCUGACGUGCUCGCUGCUGUUCCUCUGCGUCCUGGGUCACUCUUUCCUGGCGGUGCUCCUCUACUGGGCGCUGGACUCCAUCUUCUCGGCGGCGUUCACCAGCGGCUUUCUGAUCUUCUUCCUGGCUGAGCUGGCUCCUCACAUCCUGUGCUCCGGGUACGGCUUCCAGCUGGCGCCUGGACUCACCUGGCUGGCCCAGGUCUGCAUGGUGCUCACCUGUCCCCUGUCCUGCCCUCUGGGGCUCAUCCUGGACCUGGGCCUGGGGAGAGACAUCAGCACCUGUGGGAUACGAGAGAGGGCUAUGGAGAUGAUCCGCGCCAGCGUCAACGAUCCCUACAGUGAGUUUGUGAAGGAGGAGUUCAGCCGCGGGAUGCUGCGUACCAAGACGGUGGAGGACAUCCUGACUCCUCUGAAGGACUGCUUCAUGCUGCCCAGCUCGGCCGUCCUCGACUUCUCCACCAUGUCGGAGAUCAUGCAGAGCGGAUACACCCGGGUGCCCAUUUAUGAGGAGGAGAGGUCCAACAUCGUGGAAAUCCUUUAUGUGAAAGAUUUGGCGCUGGUGGACCCGGAGGACUGCACCCCCAUGACGACCAUCACCAAGUUCUACAACCACCCGCUGCACUUCGUCUUUAACGACACCAAGCUGGACGCCAUGCUGGAGGAGUUCAAGAAAGGUAACUCUCACAUGGCCAUCGUCCAGAAGGUGAACAACGAGGGGGAGGGGGACCCUUUCUACGAGGUGCUGGGACUGGUCACCUUAGAGGACGUCAUCGAGGAGGUCAUCAAGUCAGAGAUCCUGGACGAGUCUGACGGCUACUUGGACAGGAAGGUGAAGCGUCCGAUGCCUCCUCUGGAGAUCCCUCUGGAGCCGCGCGGCGCACACGAGGAGUUUUCCCUUUUCAAGCCUCCAGAGGGAGAACCCAAGAUCCGCACGUCGCCGCAGCUCCUGCUGGCCACGCACCGCUUCCUGUCUAGAGAAGUGGAGCACUUCAGUCCGGCUCGAGUCUCAGAGAAGGUGCUGUUCCACCUGCUCCGCCACCCCAGCGUCAACCAGGAGGUCCCCUUCGACCACAGCAACCGGCUGAGCCCCAGCCACUACCUGUACACCCGCAACCACCCGGUGGACUACUUCAUCCUCCUGCUGCAGGGCCGCGUCGAGGUGGAAAUUGGCAAAGAGGGCCUUAAGUUUGAGAACGGGGCUUUUACUUACUACGGCGUGUCUGCUCUGACGCUGCCCUCUUCAGUUCAUCAGUCUCCGGUGUCGAGCCAGCGGCAUUCUCCCAGGGAUCCUUUUGAGUCGACGGACGCCACCAGCCCCUCCAGCUACUGUCCAGACUACACGGUGCGAGCGCUCACUGACCUGCAGCUCAUACGGGUGACUCGUCUGCAGUACCUGAACGCUCUGAUGGCGUCGCGGUCGGGCCAGAGUCCAGAUCCUCCAGAGAUCAAGAUCCUGCCCAACAGUCAGACGAAGCUGCUCAAUGACAGAAACACCACGCCAGGUAGCAGCAGAGCGCAGGAGAGCUCGACAGAAGAGGAGGCUCAUGGGUAACACAGAGAACAUUUCAACCAUCUUGAUUUUUAUUAAUGAAUCUUCGUCAUUGGAUGGUAGUUAUUGGACCAGACUGGAGAAAGAGAGGUUUUUAUUUAAGUAGAUCCACUGCUCGCACUUCUCAUGUUCAUCUACAUUCCUUUAUGUGAUCCUAGUCAGUCAUUAUUUUAUACAUAUGUGUACAUAUGUCUGUAUAGAUGCAUAUAUAUAUAUAUAUAUAUAAACAGAGAGGGAGUGACAUGAGAAGAUGUGUGUACCUUGGGAUAAUUUAGUUUUCUGCAUUGAUUGGUUUCUUUAUGUGAUCUGAACUCUUUCAUUAAAAAGGACCCUUGUUUUAACAUUUAAUGCUGCAUAGCAACCAAAAAUAACACAGUUUGCUGGAAAAGUAAGUGAACUUAUGAGAUGGUAACUGUUUCAUCCAAUGAUGUUCUGGAGAAAAAGUCAACACCCUUCCUCUGCUUUCACCGGUCCUCAUCUACUGCGUCUGAUUCCUGAAGAAGAUGAUAUUCCGUUUCAGUAGACGAAGUUGUUCAUUGGGUACAUGGUAGACAUUUUACCUAGAGUUCAUGUUCCUGUGUAUUCCCAUGUAAACUUGUAGACGGGAUUCCCUCUCAUUCAGGCCGAGGGCCGCUGAAUGCUUUGAAAGAAGCAGAUUUAAAGCUGUGUUUUGUCUGAAUUGCAUCGGAAGACAAAAAUUAUGUGUCUGUCCUGUUAAAAACGCAAAAAUAUCCUAAUUUUAGAUUGGAUAAAUAAUAUCCAAAGAGGCUGCAGGUCAGAUUUUUGCUUCGACUGAACUCGUUCAAAGGAUGUCGGGUUAUCAACGCUAUUCCCGGGGUGAAUGGGGGUUAUUCAGGUGGUUAUAAACUCUGUCUUCCUUCAUAUUACACUAUGUCACAGUAUUUUUGUCUUCUCCGGAACUUUCCACGGUCAAACCUUUCCUGAGAUGUUGUCCAAUGUCAGUCAAAGUAACGGCUCCAUCCAGAAGCUUCCAGAGCUAAACCAAUAGGAAGGACUUCCUGUUUCCAUCUGCUCCACAAAACGACAGUCACCAUCAGUUUGCUUCAGGUUUAGUGCCUCCAGUUGCAUUUAUAUGAUUAUCUAAUAGCCAUCGCCAUCAAAGCAGGUCUUUGCAGUAUUAUUUUUUUUAUUACCAUGACGAUAAAUAUGAUAGC